AGGGACAGGACGCGGGGAGGGAGGCUCCGCUAAGGGGAGGAGCCGCUACCCGCGUCCCGCUGUCGGGGCUCCCUCCCGUCGCGGCUCCACUAUAAAAUCCCGGCCCGCCUGGUCGCCGCACCCCCGGCGGCUUCCUCCGUGCGCGACCCCCGGCUUGGACGUGUCUUCGUUCCUGCGCAGGAUGCGGCUGCUGCUGGCGCUCCUGGCCCUGGCCGCCGCCCGGCCCCUGGCCCGCGCAGAGUCACACUGGUGCUACAAGAUUCAAGCCAACGCCUCCAACCCCUGCUUGGGGCCAGACCAGUGGGGCGAUGACUGCAAGAAGGACCGCCAGUCCCCCAUCAACAUUGUCACCACCAAGGCACAGGUGGAUCCACACCUGGGGCCCUUCUCCUUCUCUGGCUACGACAAGAAGCAAAAGUGGACUGUCCAAAACAAUGGGCACACAGUGGUGAUGCUGCUGGCGGACAAGGCCACCGUCGCUGGAGGAGGCCUGGCCGCCCAGUACCGGGCCAAGCAGCUGCACCUGCACUGGUCCAAGGAGCUGGAUGCAGGCUCGGAGCACAGCCUGGAUGGGGAGCACUUUGCCAUGGAGAUGCACAUCGUACAUGAGAAAGAGAAGGGGACAUCAAGGAACAAGAAAGAGGACCAGGACCCCCAAGAUGAGAUCGCAGUGCUGGCCUUCCUGGUGGAGGCUGGAUCCAAGAACGAAGGCUUCCAGCCCCUGGUGGAGGCGCUGUCUGAUAUCCCCAGACCCAAGAUGACCACCACGAUAAAAGACAGCAUCAGCCUAUUUGACCUGCUCCCUGAGAAGGAGAAGCUGGGGUACUACUUCCGCUACCUGGGCUCGCUCACCACGCCGGGCUGUGAGGAGAAGGUUGUAUGGACCGUGUUCCAGGAGCCCAUUCAACUGCACAGGAACCAGAUUCUUGCAUUCUCUGAGAAGCUGUACUAUGACAACGAACAGAAACAGGAAAUGACAGACAACAUCAGGCCCCUGCAGCCGCGGAGGAAGCGCCAGGUGCUCAAGUCCCAGGCUCCAGGCCAGCGGCUGCCCUUGCCGCUGCCCGCCCUGCUGGCCCCCACGCUCACCUGCCUGAUGGCUGCCGUCCUCCAGUGAUGGCUCACUUCUGGACACUUGACUUCUGACUUCAGCCCUUCAGCCCUUGGGCCUGCCUUUCGCAGGCUUCCCAGGUUGCACUUUGAUGAUGAUUAAAAUAUGGAUAUAUUUUUAGAGAAA